GAAAUGAAUUUAAGAAAGAAAAACACGAAAAAAGCUGUUUGGAAUUGGCAGUAUAUAAAUCGAACUGCCAAACAAUAUGCUUAAUUGCAGAUACAGUAAAAUAAUUAUUAUAAUUAUUAGUAUAAACAAACAACUGAAUUCGUUCAAUUCCCAAUCCUCAUAAAGAUUCAAAAUUUCUGGGAAUUUUACGAAUUUCAGCUAAACCCAUCAAAUUCAUUAACUUUUUUUUCUGUAAGCUGCUUUUCCUUACCGAAAGGUCUUUGUCAAAGUUCCUUACUUCAUUGAGAAACUAGGGUUCAGUACUUCAAAUUUUCAAUGGGUCGUUCUCGCGGGAAUUUUCAUUCUGCUGAUGAGGAUCCUACCCAGAGAUCAAGGAGAAAAAAGAAUGCCUCUGCUGGAGAAAAUUUAGAAUCUUCUUCUUCAGGUCAAGGAACAAGUGAAGGGAAAGGAGCUUUAUACCACUGCAAUUAUUGCAACAAGGACAUCACAGGAAAAAUCCGUAUCAAAUGUUCUAUUUGUCCUGAUUUCGACCUAUGUAUAGAGUGCUUUUCUGUUGGAGCUGAGGUUACACCUCAUAAAAGCAGCCAUCUUUACAGGGUCAUGGACAACUUAUCUUUUCCCCUUAUCUGUCCUGACUGGAAUGCAGAUGAUGAAAUUUUGCUUCUAGAGGGAAUUGAAAUGUAUGGCCUCGGAAACUGGGCAGAAGUAGCUGAGCAUGUGGGCACAAAGAGUAAGGAGAAGUGCAUUGACCACUAUACUAAUGUUUAUAUGAAGUCCCCGUUCUUCCCUCUUCCGGAUAUGUCUCACGUUGUUGGAAAAAAUAGAAAAGAGCUUCUUGCAAUGGCUAAAGGGCAUACUGAGGACAAGAAAGGAACUAUGCUUGGGGAGCUUUCAGUGAAAGAAGAAUCCCCUUUUUCACCUUCAAGAGUCAAAGUUGAAGGCAGUAAUUGUGGCCGAAUAAUGUCUGGCUUAAAUGCGGAUGUAGAGUCUGGGGCGCGUUCUAGCAGUAACAGCACAGCAUCGGCAACUGUUGUGAAAGUAUCGAACAUGAACCAGGUUAAAGAUGGCAAUGUCAAAAUGGAAGAUCAUCAAAUUGACAGAAAUUUUGGGGGAAAGAAGCCAAAUUCUUCGGGAAAUGAAGGUCCGUCUUUAGUUGAGUUGAGUGGUUAUAAUGCCAAAAGGCAGGAGUUCGAUCCAGAGUACGACAAUGAUGCCGAGCAGUUACUAGCUGAAAUGGAAUUUAAAGACACUGAUACUGAGGAAGAGCGUGAGCUUAAGCUGCGAGUGUUACGUAUCUAUUCAAAGAGGUUGGAUGAGAGGAAGCGUAGAAAGGAUUUCAUACUAGAAAGAAAUUUGUUAUAUCCUAAUCCUAUAGAGAAAGACUUAUCUCCCGAGGAGAGAGCACUUUGCCGACGUUAUGAUGUCUUCAUGCGUUUUCAUUCAAAGGAAGAACAUGACGAACUGCUUCAGACGGUUAUUGCCGAGCACCGGACUUUAAGAAGGAUCGAAGAACUCAAGGAAGCCCGAGCAGCUGGUUGUCGAACAUCAGCUGAAGCAGAUCGAUAUCUUGAACAAAAAAGGAAAAGGGAAGCUGAAGAGAGUUCUCACCGAGCAAAAGAUGGAGUCCAGGGUGGUCCAGGUGGCCAGGCUGCCCCAAAUUCAUUCAUGGCUUCUGAGUCUGUCGGCAAGGACUCAAAUUCAAGACCAACAGCACAGGCUUCUUCAAGCUAUGCUAAAGAUUUGGACAUAAUGGGUUUCGCCGAAACCCAGUUACUCUCUGAAACUGAGAAGCGGCUGUGCAGUGAGAUUCGGUUACCUCCACCACUUUAUCUAAGGAUGCUACAGAUCAUUUCAGAAGAGAUCUUCAAUGGAAAUGUUAGUAAGAAAGCAGAUGCUCAUCGCUUGUUCAAGAUUGAACCAAGCAAGAUCGAUAGAGUCUACGAUAUGCUGGUGAAGAAGGGGAUUGCUGCGCCAUGACUCGCAGUAGAUUCCAUAUCAUGUUUAGCUGUUGCUGCUAAAGCUUUAUAUUUUCAUCUUUGUUUUCUAUCAUUUUUGUUUUGGAGAGAAUGAAGCAGAAAAAAUGAUAAUAAUUGUGUAUGUAGGUACUAAUAUUAGGUACUUCUGAAUAUGGAUUAUUUUUGUUUAUAGUCCACUUUGUAUUUUAUUUUGAUCAGAUCAGAUCAGGUUUCUCCAAAGACAUGGAGAAAUGAGCUUUGUAUUAGAAGUUUAGAAUCCAUUGUAUCAAUAGAUCAAGUUUCUCCCCUUUAUUUUACUAAUGAAAA